UCCUUUCUUUUCUUUUCUCUCUUUUUUUUUUUUUUGAUUUUUUGUUUUUACUCUUUACUUUUUCCCCGUCGUUACUUUGGUAGUAGUGCUUUUUACGGGAGUUGUGCGGUUUGGAAAAAGUACUUUGAAAGAACGUAUCGAGGAUGUAUCGAUGCUGCCGUUGCUGUUGCUGCCGUCGUUGUUGCUACUCCUGUUACUACUACCGCUGCUACUACUUCGUGGAUACUACUAUCAAGACGACGUCGUUCGAAUGUGCAGGAUCGUUUGUAUCGGACGCAGGUGAAGCAUGAGGGAACUCCUCGUAUCCUGGACGUAAUGAUGCAGAGAGCGGUGCUACUGCUCUGUUGGCUGCCGCUCCUCAACCACUGCCACGCCGUAAAUCCAGGUUGCAAAUGUGUCAAGUAUAGCAGCGCGGAUAGACCACAGGGUGGCACUUUUAUGACGCCCUAUUUUCCAAGAAGAUAUCCAUCGAACAUCGAUUGCCUCCUCUACACGUUCACCGGUCAACCAGACGAGAUAGUAGAGUUAACGUUUCAUCAUUUUAACAUACAUAGAGUUCGAUCCGAUUGUACGAGAGGUGAUUUCAUCAAGGUAUUUCUUCACUUGGAGAACGAAGGGGUGUCCGAAUAUACUCCCUGGUCUGGAAUUUUGUGCGGAGAAUUACGCGAUAUUCCUCAAAUUUUGUACAGCUCAAGAUCAACCCUCAUACUCGAACUUCAUACCGAGUUACCCUCUUCAAAUGCGACGGGCUUUUCCGGAACUUUUCGCUUCAUCGACAGACGAUUAUUCGAGACGAAUGGACUGCUAAUACCUGGAACGAUGUGCGACCACGAGUUUGUCAGCUCUCAAUUAACGCCUCAAUACGGACGAUUUUACUCGCCACGUUAUCCCUCCUCUUAUCCGAAGAACAUUCGAUGCUCGUAUCUCUUUCGAGCGAGACUCAAGGAGAGGAUUCGUAUAGUGUUCGAAGAGAUUUCUCUGCAGAAAGGGGACCUGAGUUGUCUGAAUAGAGCAGAUUUAAUCAGGGUGCACGACGGAACGGACUCAGGAACGCCCACAAUAGCCGUGCUUUGCAACCAAGGAGCAGAAGUGGAAGUACUCAGCACAGGGCCAGACCUCUACGUCGAGUUCGUCGCUAAUUCUGAGUGGCCUGGCCAAGGCUUCAAGGCGAUGUUCCAAUUUCAGCCAUUGGACGAUGCACCUCAUCCUGAGCUGGACAAGGUCGUCCCAGGGGCCGUUACUGGUAACCCCAGGUACUCGGUCAUCGGGCCGGCUGUCAGCGCAACCACAUCAUCCUGCGAUAUGGUGUUCAACAGUGACUUGACAAAAACUGGAGUAGUUACAUCGCCAGGAUAUCCGAAUCCUUAUCCAUCAAGGACUAAUUGUAAGUACGAUUUCCAAGGAAGAGGAAAGGAACGUGUCCAAGUGAUAUUUCAAGACUUUAAUCUUUAUCAUACUCCUGGCGACACGGACGAUUGCAAGAGAGUCGAUUCGUUGGCGGCAUACGUGCAAAUAGAUGGAAAAAUGGAUAAAAUCGACUCGUUUUGCGGAGAGUCGUUACCACGGCCAAUCAUGAGCAAUGGACCACGGCUUUUCCUCGAAUUUCAUGGUGUAACGUCUUCGCGUUAUUCGAGAGGCUUCAAAGCAACUUACUCCUUUAAGGAAAACUUCGGUAUAACGACGGGUCGACAGGAGGCGAAAUAUCCCUGUGCCUUUGUCUUCAACAGCAACGAGACUCGCAACGGUACGUUUGCGUCGCCAAACUAUCCAGGAUUAUAUCCACGUGAUACCGAGUGUCACUACUUCUUCAAUGGCCAACCAAACGAGCGUGUGCAUCUUCAUUUCCAUUUCUUCGACGUCGAAGGAGUAUUACCGUGCGAAGCUCUGACAGCGAGUGACUUCGUUGAAUUCUCGAAUUAUAUGGCGAAAGAUCGAAAAUACUCGAGACAUUGUGGUCAGAUGAAGGAAUUCGAUGUUGACAGCGAUAGAAAGUUCUUUCGUGUAACCUUCAAAAGUAAUGAUCGAUUAGACGGCACGGGUUUUAAUGCCAGUUAUGUAUUUUUGGACGAGGAGGAGAAUUACACAGUGAAGGCACCGACGAACGAAGCUAUUCUCAUACGAUGUACCACGGUACUCCUGUUCCUUACAAGUUGUCUUCUCUUUGGCCAUACCUCGCCUUAAUCACGAUCGGCAACUACUUGUGGAAGGGUUUUGGCUCAAUUUACAACGAACUAAGAACAUGGAGAGAUCGAGAGCCAUCUCGAAGUCAGUCAGAAUCCUAAACCGUUCUACUACAAAAUUACGAGCAUCAUCAUCAACAACACCCAGUACCACUUCGCAAACCCUCAGGAGUGUCUCGUCGCAUCGAAGAAUGUGCCUGUUACUGCUCCGUUUGUUUGCGUCAAUGGAAUUGCCGAAGGGAUAGACAUCACCGACGAACGACGAAAUCUAUUAUCUUUCGAAAUAAGAUAACUUCGCUCUCACAGAUAUCUUCUGUAUAUGCAUAUACAUACAUAUAUAUAUAUAUAUAUAUAUAUAUAUAUAUAUACACACACAUAUAAUUUGUAUGUAUGUGUUAUAUUUAUGCU